AAACCCUAGACUUCCCUCCCCACCCAAAUGCGCGCCCCCUCCUAGGCGGCGCCCCUCGAAUUCGGCACCGGCUCCGCCGAAGGGUGCGUAUAAUGAGUGCGGGUUUCGACAAGCAGAUAUUGGCUCAGAAGCUUUCGAAGCUUAAUAGCUCACAGCAGACCAUAGAGACUUUAUCACAUUGGUGUGUCUUUCAUCAUCGUUGCUGCCAACAAGUUGUAGAAACAUGGGAUUCUGAGUUCCAUGCAGCUCCUGUAGAGAGGAGGGUAUCUUUGCUGUACCUUGCGAAUGAUAUUAUGCAGAAUAGCAGAAAAGAAGGUAAUGGAUAUAUAGCUGAAUUCAUGAGGGUCAUCCCUGCUGCCUUGAAUGGAGUGUUGACUGUAAGAGAUGAUUUUGGGCGGAAUGUCCCAAAAAGACUGGCCGACUACAGUAUCAAGCAUGCUUGUUGUUUUGCUUCAAACCAACACAGAAGCAUGGAAGCUGAAAACUCAUUGACAACGAAUGUAUGAGGCACUUAGGGAGUCAGGCAUCUUCUGCAGUGGGGUGUCUGCGCCGACGGGGCUAUAGGCUACCGUCGGCACACAUCAAGAUCGUGAAGCAUUCCAUGGGGGAGAUCGUGGACAACAACAACAAGAUGAUCUCAAGUGAGGUACCCUUGGUGUUCUCCAAGGCAUCGUCGAGUUUAUGUCGUCAUAGCAGACAACACUGGUUUAGACAUGCUGUCUAGACUGUGCACGACACCGACCUCUUCAACUUACUCAUCCAUGUCGUCAUAGCGGACAACGCGUGACAAGCUAAGUGAGGUGAGAAAAACUUCGAUGUUGAUAGUGUGCAAAUUGUCGUGAAGUUUGCAAAGUACCAGCGGUUCCAUGCGUAUUUGUCACCAAUCUCUCAAGGAUUCUAGCGGCUUGUGUGGACAGCCGUGGAUGAGCCUGUCGACAAUGCAAUUGUUCGGUGAGAUCCAAUUGAGGCAUGUUUUCCUAUGUAAUCCUCUAUUUUUUUGAACCUCAUUGAGGAUUGAUCAUCAAACGAUUGUCCAAAAAAAUCAUUCAUGUGCCAUGCAACAUGUUACAAAUAGUAGUUUGGAUUUCCAUUUUGACCUUGUAGAUGUAGCGACGUGUAAUAGGUAAGCUCUCAUGGACUGCUAUAAUUGGAUGCCAAGUGGCACAACUUGUCUAUUCUUCAAAUGAUUUAUUGUUUUGCAAAUCCUUUGAAGGAAUCAU